GGAAUACUUAUUCGCAGCUAUUCGUAGUUUCGGCCUCUCGUCGGCGGAAUUCGAACCCUAAAAUUGAAAAUCCGCCCGGUUCGUUCAACCUUCUCAACUUCAAGCAGAAUUUUGAAGCAGCAGAUUGCAACUCUUGUAUCGCUUCCAGAGAAAUACUGAGAUAUGAGUCGGCCGUUGGACGAGGCAUUAACCAAACUGGACGGCGUGAAGAAGCCUGUAUUCCUCACGAAAGCUCAGAGAGAACAGUUGGCUCUUCAGCGCCGCCAGGAAGAAAUCGUCGAGCAAAAGCGCCGUGCAGAGCUUAUUCUCCAUCAAGCCAACCGACCUUCCAGCGAUGGAGCCCCCUCGUAUAAAGAUAACGGCAGGCCCUCCUCCAAUGAUGAUCGCGAUCGCGACAGGGAUUACCAUCGCUCCCGCGACAAGGACAGGGAGAGGGAUCGAGAGAGGGAGAGAGAGCAACGUGAAAGAGACAGGGAACGUGAAAGAGAGAGGGAGCGUGAAAGAGACAGGGAACGCGAUUCUGAGCGAAGGAAGCGCGAAAGGGAACGUGAAGAUGAUGCCAAAGAACGGGAUCGUGCUAGAAUCGAGAAAUCAGCUGAUCGGGAGAGAGAGAAGGAGCUUGAAGCCAUCAAAGAGCAGUACUUGGGCUCUAAGAAGCCUAAGAAACGAGUCAUUAAGCCUAGUGAGAAGUUCCGCUUUUCAUUCGAUUGGGAGAACACAGAGGACACCUCCCGUGAUAUGAAUUCACUGUACCAAAACCCUCAUGAAGCUAGACUGCUCUUUGGCCGUGGUCUUCGAGCAGGGAUGGACAGGAGGGAGCAGAAAAAGCUGGCUGCAAAGAAUGAGAGAGAGAUUCGGGAAGAGAUCCGGAAGAAGGAUGGUACUGAGGAGACAGCCGGUGAAGCAGCCGCAAUAAAGAAAAAAGAGCAGGCAGCUGAUUCGUAUGACACCUUUGACAUGAGGGUGGACCGCCAUUGGUCCGACAAGAAGCUUGAGGAAAUGACCGAGAGAGACUGGAGAAUAUUCAGGGAGGAUUUCAACAUUUCAUACAAAGGAUCCAAGAUUCCCCGCCCCAUGAGAAGCUGGACGGAGAGCAAGCUAACCCCCGAGCUUCUCAAGGCUGUUGAGAGGGCUGGGUACAAGACCCCAUCUCCCAUCCAAAUGGCCGCAAUUCCCCUUGGUCUUCAACAGAGAGAUGUAAUUGGUGUUGCUGAAACUGGGUCAGGUAAAACUGCUGCCUUUGUUCUUCCCAUGUUGACGUAUAUCUCAAGGCUUCCUCCCAUGAGUGAAGAUAAUGAGGCAGAAGGACCUUAUGCUGUUGUCAUGGCUCCCACACGAGAGCUUGCCCAACAGAUAGAGGACGAGACUGUUAAGUUUGCACAUUAUUUGGGCAUCAAAGUAGUUUCUAUUGUUGGUGGGCAGUCUAUUGAAGAACAAGGUUUUAGGAUUAGACAGGGUUGUGAGGUGGUCAUUGCCACCCCUGGACGACUCAUUGAUUGCCUAGAGAGACGGUAUUGUGUUCUCAACCAAUGUAAUUAUGUUGUGCUAGAUGAGGCAGAUCGUAUGAUUGACAUGGGUUUUGAACCUCAAGUUGUUGGUGUACUUGAGGCCAUGCCGUCUAGCAAUUUGAAACCAGAGAAUGAGGAUGAAGAGCUUGAUGAGAAGAAGAUUUAUAGAACUACAUAUAUGUUCAGUGCUACCAUGCCACCUGCUGUGGAACGACUGGCAAGAAAGUACUUAAGGAACCCUGUUGUCGUUACAAUUGGAACUGCUGGAAAGACAACUGACCUUAUUACCCAGCAUGUCGUAAUGGUCAAAGAAUCCGAGAAGAGUUAUAAGUUGCAGAGAUUAUUGGAUGAACUUGCGGACAAGACGGCUAUUGUGUUUAUCAAUACCAAGAAACAGGCUGAUUUUGUUUCUAAAACAUUGGAUAAGGCGGGUUAUAAAGUAACUACAUUGCAUGGUGGGAAGUCACAGGAACAAAGGGAAAUCAGCCUGGAAGGGUUUCGGACGAAAAGGUAUACUGUAUUGGUUGCAACGGAUGUGGCAGGACGUGGGAUUGAUAUACCGGAUGUGGCACAUGUGAUAAAUUACGAUAUGCCCAAUAAUAUCGAGGCAUACACACAUCGUAUUGGGCGAACUGGGCGUGCUGGCAAGACUGGGGUUGCAACAACAUUUUUGACACUUCAGGACACCGACGUCUUCUAUGAUCUUAAGCAAAUGCUCAUUCAAAGCAACAGUCCUGUGCCCCCUGAACUUGCUAGACAUGAGGCUUCGAAGUUCAAGCCAGGAAGUAUACCUGACAGACCCCCACGACGGAAUGACACUGUUUUUACUCAUUGAAGUUAGAGUGAACAUUUUGUUGUAAAAUGUGUUCAAAUGGAUGAAUGACCUGUUGGGGCGUACGACCUAUUGGUCCUGGUAAUGCAUAUCACUGGUCUCUUUUACUUAAGUAGUGCAGAUCUGUUUUUAAUUCUUAUGAGUUUGAAAAUUUGUAUAACAUAUUUCAGUGACCAGCUCUUCCAUCAUCUGACUCUUGAGAAAUCAGAAAUUGAGUUAUGUUUCCUUGCAACUUUUAUUAGAGGGACACAAAUUACUGCAUGAGGUGCAUGUUUCCUUGAACUAUAUUGAUCCCCCACAUGUAACUGUUGGUGUUUCAUUGGACAAGUAGUGUUUUCAGAUCAUACUUGAUUUUAAGAAUAGCAACCCUCUUAUACACGGGAUGAGUAAAUAUGUACUCCCUUCGUCCCAUUCAAAGGAUCUCACUUUCCUUUUUUGGAUGUUCCAGCUAAAAGUUCUAAUUUUUUAUUUUAGGAAACAAUUAAAACUUUUAAAUAACAAUUUAAUCAUCAAAUAUUCAAAAUAGUUCAUCUAUAACAUCACAGUUAUCAUCAAUAACUCAUUAUAUUAUAUACCCAUUAGAACUAUUUCUCAAAAUAUACUCGAAUUAGCAUAUUUAAUUAUUGUGUAAAUAAUCGUGUCAUUUUGUAAUGAGAACCUUUGAACGGGAUGGAGGUAGUAAAUUUUAUUUAAUUGCUAUCAUUUUGCCUACGGGAUGUGGCAUUAAGCAUGACUAACAUAUGCCACUUGGGACUUCGGUAGUAGUUGAUACUCCAUCCUCUCGAAUGUCAAUGCUUACUUUUGCUCAGCCUUUAUUAAAUACAAAUCAUGUAUUUUACAAAACUGGCCUUCAAAAAGGAUCUACAGACUACAGCCACAGUAUGUCUAAAAUGUUAAAAGACAGCAAAGGUAAAUUGAAAAAACUAAAAUGCAGUGGUGCUUAAUACGAGAAAGCACAAAUCAAUUUGGGACAGACGAAAAAUUGAUGUAAAAAAUGGAGUGAAAUAGAUCCAGUAACAUUUUUUACUGAUGUUAAAAUCGCUGUAUGGUCUUUGGUUCUAUAUGAUUAGUUGCUGGAGCAAGAGACAACCACUUGUUUUUGUAGACUCUGUUAAACUAGUUUGGAUAUAGUUUGAUUUCAAUUACAUCGGCAUUAGACAUUCAUGCUAUACACAAAGCAGUAGCUAUUGCGGCUAUAAUAUUAUGCAGUUGCUGAAUAGUGUGUGUUUCUUAGAAGCGGUGGUCACGGGCAAGGUCUAUAGAAGCCACUGUUAGUCUGCAACUGCUAUAUGUAAUUCGUAAUCUUCUCUGCGAUUAGCACCCUCCUUUAUUGUGAUUGCAUGAUCACAAUCUCUCAUUGAAGGCAUGCCAUUUGGUGGGUGGAACACUUCUUGAAAAUCUGCUAGUAUCUCCUUGAUCCACCCUUUCUCCUGGUCUGUUUCACCCUGUGCUGAUUCCACCCUAUCUUCUACCAUUUCAGCACUGAACAGAUAAUUGCAUUGUUGGGAUUUCAGCCUCUACUUCAUUUAAACAAGAUUCCAACUGAGGUGUGAUCCUUGCUCCAGUUCUCUCCACAUCUAAAGCAUAGCCUCUUUCUGCUUAACUCUUGUAGCUCUUCAGGUGAUAGCCUCUGACCUGCCCUUAGCCCUACAGGCUUACUUGCUGCUUCACUUCCCUUUUUUUCCCAAUGGCAGUCUAUCUGGUUAAGUUUGAUUACUCAAUUUAGAUCUCCAUUUUGUACCAUCAAUCCAUCUUUGAAAUGUUGAUGUGCUGCCAACUUCUUUCCAUCCUCUUCUUUCCUCCUCUCUAUCUCUUCCUGUUUUAAGAGCCAGAUUUUUUUCUUCCAUCAAUAAAGCCCUAUCCAUCAAAUCAACUAAAGUCCUGGCUGGAUAUAGUUUCAACUCUGCCCUUACUUCUUCCUUCAGACCAUUCAAAAAUAUCCCCUGCAUUCCCAUAUCUGUAUGUCGUAAAGGGGCUACAACUAGAUCAAACCUUUCUCUAUACUCCAUGUCACUGCUAGUUUGUUUCACACUCGACAGAGGGCCAAAGGGAUUUUUAUACCAAAUCAGGUUGGAAUCUUCGGAUUAGAGCUGCCUUAAAUUGUUCCCAAUUACGCGUUACUGCCUGUUCUUCCCACAAUAGGAACCAAUUUAAGGCUUUCUCUUCCAUAGCCAAGGUAAUUAUAUCUACCUUAUCUUCUUCAGCUAUGUUGUUGAGCUUAAAGAAUCUUUUGACUCUUAUAACCCAACCACAAGCAUCUGACUCGUUAAAAAGGUAAAACCACCUUCCCACCAGAUUUCAUGAACAGUCUAUGACUAUGUCUCACGGUCUCACGGUCUCACGGUAUACAUGUAUGUUAAACUUAUACUUCAAUCUGGUUCGGUUCGGUAUUGGUACUCAUAGAUGAUGGUAUGGUUUGGAACCAGUACGGUUCGACUCUCUUUUCCGGUUCGGUAUCAUGCUGGUUAGGUAUUUUUGCCUAUCCGGUGGAUACCCGUAUUGAACCGCCCCGGUCAAAACGGGGAAAACCACAUUGACCGGGUAAUGGGUACGGGGCAAGGAAUACCCAUUUUGUUUUUACGGGUAACGGGGCGGUUACAGUAUUAUACAUGCUCGCCCCAUUACUCGUCUCGUACCCUCCCCGUUUAUUUUAAGUUAUAUUUUUAUUACAUUCUUGUCUAUUAUUUGUCCCACAACUAAUAAAAGAUGAUAUUUUUCAAUUUCAUUGUGUAUAUAUGGAUAAUAGAUGUACAAGCUAUAGUGUAUGAAUGAAAGUUCAUAAUAGAUUUUAA